CUCGCCCGUCUGCUGGCGUUAGUAGUCGCUCGUCCGAGAGUCCUCUGUAUUUAGCGCGCGCGUUAUUAUACAAAAAAUAAUAUUCGAGUGUACGAAAUUCAUAAUCGAUAAUAUCAGUUAAUUGAAUCCAUAUUGGUGAAAUAUAAAGGAAGAAUAACAGCAAGAAUAUAUAGAGCAAGGUGGUAGAUAAAGGUAAAUAUGUCGUCAUGGCGUACAAUUGCACUGGGUUUACCGUCAAAUAAGAAGUAACAUCGUUUAGUGUUCACACAUUUACCCCCACCUUUAUAUCCAUCAUCCAGACGGUAUCUCCAUCUUUGUUUCCGAGACUCGUUGGCAGUCGGCCGCCGUCGGUAUCUUUUUAGUGUAAGGUGUAAGCAUUGAUAUUGAUGACGCUAGUGAGAACUGUAUAGUGUGUAUAGUAUGUGUACUGUAUACCCAGAGAAAGAGGUGAAGCCGGCGCAUAAACGAGUGCGCAUACUUUAAAACGGCAACUUCGAUCUGCCAUAUUGGGUUCUUUCUCAAACUAUUGCUUUCACGUUCGGUCUUGUCUCUUACACAACGCCCUCACACGUAUGUUCGAGUAUAAUAUAUUUACGGAUACAACGAGGAGUUAGGUGGCCAAAGUACAGUUGUGAAUAUUUAUAACAAUCUGAUAUCGUGAUUGUUGAAAGCUGAUUAAUGGUUUCAAAAUGACGACCAACGUGACCACAAUUAAACUCGAAGAUGGACAAGAGUCUGUUACAGAAAUACAGACUUACUUGGAGACUUUUAAUAAAGAAAUAGAAGGUGGACAAGGAGAACAGUUACAACAUGUUCAACUUCAACAAGUUGAAGGAUUAUCCGCAGGCGAUGACGGUGGUACUUAUUUCGUUGACCAAACUGGGCAAUAUUACUACCAGGCCAGUAGUGAUGAAACGCCCGUAAUGACGCAGGUUCAAAUUCAAGAAGUCGAAGAAAUAGAUCAGAAUGAUGCCGAAGGACAAGAGGAACAAUAUCACGAAGUUGAAGAAUUGGAGAGCCUUGAAACUGAGGAUAAUGAUGGUCAAGUUAAUAGCGGGGGCGAGAACGUCGUCUUGAAUUCAAAUGAUGCGUAUCAAACAGUUACUAUAGUACCCUCGGACACUAAUCCGGGUGAAGUUAGUUAUGUGUUGAUUGUUCAACAACCGGAGAAUGAAGACAAAGAACGUGGCGAGGGAGCUGAAGGGGAAGAAGGAGAGCAAGAUCUCAGGGUAUUUGAUUUUGAGGAUAACGAUGAUAAUGACGGAGGUACUGAGUAUGAGGCUGACGAUGAUAAAACUAAAAUAAUGAAGUACUUGCCGAAGAAAUCUCAAACUGUAACGCAGGCUCAUAUGUGUAACUACUGUAAUUACACGAGUCCAAAGCGUUAUUUACUAUCGAGGCAUAUGAAGUCACACUCAGAAGAACGUCCUCAUAAGUGUAGUGUUUGUGAGAGGGGAUUCAAGACACUUGCGUCAUUACAGAAUCACGUCAAUACACACACUGGUACGAAACCACAUCAUUGUAAAUUUUGCGAGAGUGCAUUUACAACGUCAGGUGAGUUGGUGAGGCACGUACGAUAUCGCCAUACCCACGAGAAACCGCAUAAAUGUCACGAGUGUGAUUAUGCAUCUGUUGAAUUGUCGAAAUUGAAGCGGCACAUCAGGUGUCAUACCGGCGAGCGUCCCUAUCAGUGUCCACACUGUACAUACGCAAGUCCCGAUACAUUCAAACUUAAACGUCAUUUACGUAUACACACUGGCGAAAAGCCUUACGAAUGUGAUAUAUGUCAAGCACGAUUUACUCAAUCGAACAGCUUAAAAGCUCACAAGCUUGUUCAUAAUGUUGGAGAUAAACCAGUUUUUCAAUGUGAAUUGUGUCCAACGACAUGUGGCCGUAAAACAGAUCUACGAAUUCACGUGCAAAAGCUCCACACAUCAGAUAAGCCGCUUAAAUGUAAAAGAUGUGGAAAAACAUUCCCAGACAGAUAUAGUUAUAAACUUCACAGCAAGACACAUGAAGGUGAAAAAUGUUACAAAUGUGAUCUUUGUCCGUAUGCGUCUAUUUCAGCUCGUCAUCUGGAGAGCCAUAUGUUGAUCCACACCGAUCAAAAACCGUAUCGAUGUGAUCACUGCUUCCAAUCGUUCAGACAGAAGCAAUUAUUGAAACGGCACUGCAAUCUCUAUCAUAAUCCUUCAUAUGUACCACCACCCCCGCAGGAAAAAACCCACCAAUGUCCAGAAUGCGAGCGAGCAUUCAGGCAUAAGGGAAAUCUCAUUCGACACAUGGCUAUUCAUGAUCCCGAUUCAUCAGUGCAAGAGAAACAACAAGCCUUGAAAAUGGGCAGACAGAAAAAAAUUCAAAUUAUUGACGGUCAGAGAGUUGAAGUUUUGACUGGUGAUUUAACGUCUAAAAUUAAAGGUUACGAUGACGACGAAGAAGAAGAGGAAGAGGAGGAAGAAGAAGAAGAAGAAGAAAUGAUGGCUGUCGAAGGUGCUGAUGGACAACAGUACGUUGUUCUGGAAGUAAUUCAAUUGGCUGAUAAUCAAGGAACUGAGCAGAUGGCUGUUGUAGCGAAUGAAGAUGGUGAUUUAAUGAUGCAAGAUCCUCUGAGUUCAGAAGCGGGCAUGGUUUCAGUUUCUGGUGAUAACGAAGGCGAAGAAAUUGUUGAAGAAUCAAUACCUUUACGAAAAAUGCCCAAUUCAAAGCAACAAAAUGAUUCAAAACUUCGUAAGGAGAUGGAAAAUUGCUUCGGUUUUGAUGAGGAAGAGGAGGAAGAAGAAGAAGAAGUUGACGGAGAUAGUGAAAUGCGGCUGCUCGAAACAAUUUCGUAAUAAUCGUCGGCCAUACAAUGUAAUGGCGUAAUGUACCUAUUUAGUAGUUAAAUGUAUUUCUUUCGUUUCUUUCCUUAUUUUUUUAUCCUCAACUUGAACUCACACAACAGAGUGGGGGAUUGAGUGAUUGGAAAAUACCAACACAAGUUAAAUACGUGUACCCAAUGCAUACACAAGUAUAUGUUAAGAGAAAUAUAUAUAAAUAUAUAUAUAUAUAUAUAUAUAUGUUAAGUAUAUAUUUACUUAUGUGCACGUACGGUAAAUACACGAUAUAAGAGACUGUGGAUAUAAUGCAGUGUAUACUAGGUACAUUUAAUUAUUUAUAAUUCACCUUAAUCAAUUAUUUUAUUAGUUUUAAUCUAAAAAAGGCAUAAAAAAUGCAACUCGUUUAUAAAAAUUGUACAGUUUAAAUUACUAAAAACGAAAGUUGUUGUAGUGUAAUUUUUUUUAUAUUAAGUUUUAAUUUAUCUGGUCGACUAUAUGUAAUUGAAAUGAUGAUAAUGAUGAUGAUGAUGGCCGUUAAAUUAUAUACACGAAUUCAUCGAAGUAAUUAAUGAAGAGUAAUGAGUAAUUUCGAACAUGACAGUCAAUUGUAAGAGAAGAAAAAUUGUAAUACGAUAUCAUAACUGGCGUUAUGAGGCUGCCAUGUAUAUAAAUGUUCCUCAAAUAUUGUCUAAUUGACAUUUAUUGAUGUAGGAAAUUAAAUUAAUUAGGUGAAUUUGAUUUAAUAAGAUUAUAAAUUUAAAGGAUAAAAUAAUAUCAAUUGAUUAUGAGGGAAUUAAUUUAGUGAUGUUUUUCUUUUUUCUUAAAAAUUAUAAAAACUCCCUCAAUGUAUGUAACAAAGAUAGUUUUUAAUUUAUAUAUAAAUACUACAUGGUAAAAUUAAAAAAAAAAUAAUAAUAAAUUUAUGUACGUGAACAGGGUUCGCGAAGAGUGAAUUUUUUUUCAAUCAGUAACUUUAAAUUAGCACUUUAAACUUGUUUAUGGCAAUUAAAUAUAAAUCUAACUGUAAUUUAUAAAUAAUAUGAUAGGUAAUUUAAUUAUUAUUAUACACACUUGAUUAAACAAAAUUUAGUUCUUUUAUAAGUCUCAACAUCACAAGGGUUUUUGUUUAAAAUUAUUUUAUUAGAUCGAGUAAGAAUUUAUAAUAAAGUUCUUAAAUAUA